GAUGUAGAAGGACAACAAACAGAGGCGGCAGUGGAUUGCGUAAAGACUUUACGCAUGGAUAAUCUGGACUGGGGGGGCGCCUCCGUGACGCGUAAUGAACCAAAGUUAGAGAGGAGAGAGAGAAAGUGGAGCUUUUGUCACCGAUGGAAAUCUUCCGGGCCGGCGCUGAAAGACGGAUAGUCUCUGCUUGAGGACACACCCUCUCCCUCUCUCUCUUUCUCUUUCUAUCUCUCUCCCACUCUCUCUCUCUAUCUCGCCCUCUCUCUCGCCCUCUCGUUCUCUUUCUCAUUGUUUCCCACAUUGACUCGCCGCCAAGCUCUGUAUGACCAGCCGGCCGCUUUUUGCACGAGGAGCGCACAAAGGAAAAUAAACUUCAGGCUAACCAACAACAACAACAAAAACAAUAAUAACAAAAUGGGCUAGAAUCGGAACACGUUCGAUUGCUUCAGGGCUUGAUUGAUCAGCCUUGAAGAGAGAGGGAGAGUGACCUAAUUGGGAUGAGAGUUCAAGUCCAGCUCGCCGCCAGAUCGAACCUUUAAAGCCGCUUUAAAGAGGAAGGAGAACCAUAGCUACUCAACGGUGGCACGUUUAGGGUCGUGGUGCGUUUGCUGACUGAUACUUUUCAGGAAGGGGCGCAGGUGUAUGCGCGGCGGGUGCAUAUCAAAGCAGCGAUGAACUAAGUGGGAACCAGAAAGGGGUGUCAAAGGUUCGGUUCGGAAUAGGGGCGGAGGAGUAGAGGUGGAGGGGGCGACCAUCGCCUUCCUCCGAAACCAGGAUGGAAGGCACAAGUCGGCCGGAGCUCAAAAGCGUCACCGGCAAACCCGCGGCGCACACGGAGAUCCUCCACCUGCAGCGGGUUGUGAUCUUCCUCGUCGCGCUCGUCAUGCAACCACCGAUGGUGCGCACGGUGGGGAUGUUCGAGCUGCAGAUUCGCCACUAUCAGAACCCCAACGGAGUCCUUCUAAACGGAGACUGCUGCGACAUCCCGGUUGGCGGUGGGCAGCGCUGCUCGUCUCGAGACCAGUGUGACACUUUUUUCCAAGCCUGCCUCAAGGAGUACCAGGCCCGCGUGGUCCCGACCGGAACCUGCACCUUUGGCUCAGGCAGCACCGGGAUAUUGGGAGGAAAUUCCCAGUUGCUCCACCGCCGCGGUCAUGAUGGAGGAGAAGGAGGAGGAGGAGAUGAUGGCACUAAUGGACUCAUUGUCAUUCCCUUCAAAUACGCUUGGCCAAAGUCCUUCUCUUUGGUGUUGGAGGCUCAGGAUGAUGACAACAGCACGUCACAACCAGAUCAGCUGAUUGAGCGUGUUCUUCUCUCCUCCAUGUUGAAUCCCGGAGAGCAGUGGCAGGCCUACCGCCACCACGGCCGCUCCUUCAGCCUGGAGUACCGCCUACGCUUUCGCUGUGACUCCAACUACUAUGGGCCCUUCUGCAACAAGUUCUGCCGGGCCCGCGACGACUUCUUUGGCCACUUCAACUGCGACCCCAGCGGCUCCAAGGUCUGCAUGGAGGGAUGGACGGGACCCGAGUGCAAAGAAGCGGUGUGCAGGCAAGGAUGUCAUAAAGCCCACGGCUCUUGCACCGAACCUGGACAAUGCACGUGUCAUUACGGCUGGACCGGGCCUCUGUGCGACCAGUGUGUGACCUUCCCCGGUUGUGUGUACGGAAGCUGCACUGAACCCUGGCAGUGUGUGUGCGACGUCAACUGGGGCGGUCUCCUGUGUGACAAAGACCUGAACUACUGCGGGACUCACCAGCCUUGCAAGAACAGCGGCACUUGCACCAACACUGAGCCCAACGAGUACCAGUGCGAGUGCCAAGAUGGUUUCAGGGGGCGCAAUUGCGACAUUGUUGAACGCGCGUGCGUGUCAUCGCCAUGUGUGAACGGAGCCACCUGUGUGGAGGACUCCACGGGCUUCAGCUGCGUCUGUGCUGAAGGCUGGACUGGGCAGACCUGUGCAAAUGUGGUGAGGCAGUGUGACCGAAAUCCCUGUGGACCAGGUGCAACUUGUCAGGAGGCUCCAGGAGGUUACGAAUGCAUCUGCCCGCCUGGAUGGAGCGGCAGAACGUGCCAGCUGGAUGCAGAUGAGUGUGAAAUGAAAAUAUGUGUCCAUGCCCGCUCAUGCCGCAACCUGAUUGGUGGAUACCUGUGUGAUUGUCUUCCUGGAUGGGCGGGGUCAAAAUGUGACAUCAGGAACAACAGCUGUCAGGGCUUGUGUCUCAAUGGGGGACAUUGUGAGAUGUCGGCAUCCAGAUGCUUGUGCCCGCCUGGCUUCUCGGGAAAAAACUGUCAAAUUCGCCUCAACCUUUGUGAUAGCGCCCCCUGUUUGCAUGGAGGGCAUUGCACAGAGAAGGAUGAACGUGCCGUCGCCUGCGACUGCCCUUUGGGGUAUUCUGGAAUCUUCUGUGAGAUUUUGCUGGAUGUGUGCAACCCCAACCCCUGCUCGCAGGGGAUGCCCUGUCACAACAUCGAUGGCAACUACAUGUGUGCCUGUCCAGAGGGUUACCAUGGAAACGAGUGCCUCAGCCAAAAGAGCCCUUGUUUUGGACCUCACUGUCCAGGUGCCAUGUCAGACACAAAAGGGGGCAUCAGCUUCUACAUGGUCCUGUUGGGCGUUCUAGCACUGGUGAUGGUAUGCGGCUGCACCGCGUGUGCCCUGGUCCUCUCCCACCUGCAGCACAAGCGGAAAAAGCAGCAUGCCGUCCCGCCGGAGGAGGGCACCAUCAACAAUCAGAGGGAGUAUGUCAACCUCAUCCGAAACCUGGACCACCUUGUCCCCCCGCCCCUUCCUCCUCCUGCCAUCCCGCUGGUUCAGACGCCGCCCACCACGGCCGCCGCCGCCGUUAGCCCGCACUGCUAUGAGGAAAUUGAGCUGACUUUUCCUCCCACGCCGGCCCCCUCGCACUCGUCAUCCCCUGGGCUGAAGCAGGCCCCCGCUCCAAAAUUGGACAUUUCCAACCAGGAGCGGGAGAAGCUAAACCGCAUGCACUGCACAGACAGCCACGAGCUACAAGUGUGACCCUUGAAAUCUGAGGCUUAAUUUUUUUUCUUGCUUACUUUGCACUCUCUCGCUCACAGGGUCCACGUUUCUUGUUUGGCCUAUCGUGUUGUUGAGACUCUGCUGAUGAUGUCAUGAGCUCGGAUACUUCAAGCUGCAAUUCCACCUAAAGUUCCAAGAACUUUUAAUACUCUGUACUUGUACUCCCGGUACUAUGACAGACGUGGUUUGAAGGAAAAGACUCAUGACUGUCGAUGGAGAUGGUGUUCUGUGUGUGGUGUGUUGUAUUGGUCAUUAUGAGUAAACUAUGAGAACAGUGCGUCCAAUUUGUAAUGAUAAAUAUUGAACGGAUUUAACAUUUAUGAUAGCCUUCACUGAAAAUUACUUUUCACACACCCCCACCACAGGAUAAUUUUUUGAGAGACAUCUGAGAAUCGGGCCUUUGCUGACUUUUGAUCGGAAAAGGAAAAAUGUUGACAUUCCUCCUGAAUAUUUGGUUUGUAGCCUGCUUUAGUAGUCCGUAUAUGAAAAGGUGUAGACAAGGUUAAAAAACAAAAGUGGUCAGGAGCUAUGGAAUCAGAGUUGUUCAGCACUGCCGACCCCAUCUGAGCCUUUUUGAGCAGACCCUCCGAAUUCAUAAACACAACGGUCCUCAAAUGCUGACAGAGUCAAGUUUCCUUUGGUGGAAGUGUGCCAUAGUGACCUCUGAGUGCCUGAAACGGUCUCAGUCACAAUAAUUCAGGCCAAAAAUCUGAUAAUAGCAUCAUUGACCGAAUGAAUGGAUGAUUAUUUAAAGUCCAACAGGAUGAAUGUGAGAUUAUUUAAAGCAGCCAGUGUACACAUUUUCUUCUAUUUACAAGGGGGAAGCUUCAUUUCCCAACACAUUUUCUGGGUUCUGAGUUUGUGUGCGAAAGACAAUAGGAAAUAUGUCAGGACACAAUCCUCCGAGUUGUUCUUUAAAGCCUCAUGAUUUUUUUUUAAACCAUACACUGUUGCCUGUCUUGUUUCUAUGAUUAUACCUUUUUUUUGUUUGUUGUUUUUGUUUUUUGCCUGUAAGAUAGUUUGUACAUAAUUUUAUUGUAAAUAUUGAUGCCUCCCUUUUUUGUACCGUGGAUCAGUCUGAGAGUAUCACUCUUGUUGUUUUACUAUCGUUCUGUAAUAAAAGUGCAUUUAACAGUUUGGGAUUGUUGAAACCUGAAGUCGUAAAAUGUCCUCGGAAUUAGGCUGAUUCUUUGGAUUUGUUUUGGUUUUGUAACCACUCGAGAAA